CGCGCCAAAGAUAGAUAGGGAGUGAUCGAGAAGAUCUCACAGAGGAAUUUCAGUGUCCCCACACACCCACUUCCAAUAAAUCGCCCCCGCUUUUCUUUCUUGCUUGCUGCUUUCUUUGUUUCUUCCUCUUCUACCCCCGUUGCUGCCCUGCGCUGCACUGCACUGCUUCGGAGGAGCUUCCUUCCCCCCUCUCUCUCUCUCUACCACUUUGCUGCAUCGCUUCUUUUCUCUCUCCUGUGUAGCCUAGCCAUCCAUCAUCCAUGUCCCUCUCCUAGCUAAUAGUAUGGCACAAGAAAUAAAAAAUCACAUGCGGGCGAAAGGGAGGAGGAGAUCAUAGCCAGUAAUUAAGGGGGGAGGAGAUAGAUAGAGACAGGGCGCUCCAGUGCACUACCGCUAGCAGCAGCAUCGCCGCCGAGCGGAGAAGAUAGCAGCAAGAGGGGAGGGGAGGGUUCGUUCCCCAGCACACAAGAGGGACCGCGAGCGCGGCGUCUCCUCUCCUGCCUUUCCUUUUUAUCUGCUGCUGCCUGGUGCGGGUGGUGGGCGGCGGCGACUGCUGCUGCUGCGGCGGCGGCCGUAACGAAAUCUAGGCUCUAUCUCGGGCCUCUCCUCUCCGCCCCGCAGCUACCAGCUGCUGAGCUCUGCGAAAUCCAUUCCAUUCCGGGCCUAUAAGUGUGGCUUCGGGACGGCGCUUCCCAUCCGACACCGGCGCCUUCGCGGACUGGGUCGCCUCCUCCGCCGCCGCCGCCCGCGGGGACGACCUCUCCCUCGGCUUCAAUGCCGGCGCGGCCGCCGCGGCCGCGGCCGCCUCCGGCGCCUCGCUGGCCGCCGGCCUCUGGGGCCCGGCCUCCACCGCGGCCUCCAUGCGCCAGGCGGCCGCGCUGAACUACGGGAUGCCCGACGUGGGCAUGUUCGUCGUCGCGCCCGCCGCCUCCUUCCACCACACGCACCACCACCACCACCACCACGACGCCGCCGCGGACCCCAUCUUCCCGCUGCUCUCCGGGGGGCCCUGCGUGCUUGAUCCAGACGCCGCCAAGUCGGCCUCCGGGGCGCCGCCCGCCAGCAGCGCCAUCCAAUUCUGGCAGCCGCAGUCGCCGUCGUCGGCAGCGGGCGCUAACCCUAACCCUAGCGCCACCCCCUUCGCCUACAUCAAGAAGCCCCUCCCGAUGCUGGACGCCGCCGCCGGCUCCUCCGGCUCCGGUGCCACCACGUGCCAGGACUGCGGCAACCAAGCCAAGAAGGACUGCGGCCACAACCGGUGCCGCACCUGCUGCAAGAGCCGCGGCUUCGACUGCUCCACCCACGUCAAGAGCACCUGGGUGCCCGCCGCCCGCCGACGGGAGCGCCAGCAGCUCGCCGCCUCGGGCUCCGCAUCGUCCUCCCCCGCCACCGCCUCCGCCUCCGCGGCGGCGGCCUCCGCGUCCAAGAAGCCCCGCCUCCUCUCGUCGCAGACCACUACAUCGCACACAUCCACCUCCAACGCCACCACGCCGCGAAGCUUCGACACCACCUCCAGCCACCAAGACGCGUUGUUCAGGGACAGCCUUCCGCGGCAGGUGCGCGCGCCGGCGGUGUUCAAGUGCGUGCGCGUGACGUCCAUCGAAGACGGCGAGGACGAGUACGCGUACCAGGCCAUGGUCACCAUCAACGGCCACCUCUUCAAGGGGUUCCUCUACGACCAGGGCCCCGACGACGGCCGUCACGCGGCCGCCAGCAACGAGGACUCCGCCGCGGGGGUGCCCAACAUCUCGGAGCUCCACCUCGGAGCGGCGUCCGCUUCCGGUGGAGCCGGUGGCAGCGGCGUCAGGGAAGGCGGCUCCUCGAUGGUGGCGCCCACGGAGCUAUACGGCGGCGGCGCCGGACAGCAUCACAUUCUCGGCGGGUCAAGCUACGGCAACACCAUCAACUGAGCAAGGCCUCUGGAACAAGUUUGGAGUAACUCUGUAACAACACAAGCUCCAAGCACAUGGGUGCUACGGGCAGUCAUGAGCUGUGGAGAACUUUUUAAAAUUGGAGAUUGCUGUUGUUGCGCAAUCUUGUCAUCAUCAAAGCUGCUAUUAUCUCAUGUACGUGUGAUGAUGGCAUUGGUCCAUAUCGUCUUGUCGACUGUUGUCAACGCCGGGAGGCACGGUCACUGUUCACUUUGCUUCUUUAUUCGGUGCUGUAGAUAGCCGUGUGGCGAACGCGUACAGCUCGGGCACCGUGAAUUGUGGUACUACUGUCUUGCAAACUGAAUAUUUCCAUAGUGGCUAGCUCUUACUGUUCCAGGUCAUGCUCGCUUUGUCAUAGGCUACUUUUGCAACUCAAAAGACUUACUUGAAUGGCUGUUCCUGAGUUUACCAAUUGAAGUAUUUCGCCUAACAGUAUAGUACUACAAUAAUCAGAAUCUGUGAUUGCAAUUGGUUGCACUUCGUCCUUUGUUUUAGCUGUAUACAGAAACGCAACUAGGCAAGAGAGGUUAUUUGGGUUUACUGAUGAAACGUGUGGCCCUUGACAAACUGACUGCAAUGACUGGUACGGUUCUGCUGGGUCAUAUGAUUGGUACCAAUCGUUUUGCAUGCUGUCUGGAUGCAUCUGCAAUGUGCACAUUUGUCACAUGCAUAAAUCUGCCUGUUAGCAACUUGUGAAUUUUGAUACGUCUCUUUUCUGAACAAUAAAUACGAUGCUUCUAGAAAUGUGGAUGUAUGUUUGCUGUCUUUUGUUAUCAUGCUAAUCCAAGCUGUCUCUUGGUAUUUGCCUAUCAAAUUGACCGGUCCAACUGUGAGUUGGCUACAUUAGAUGCUUUAAAUAAAAUUUAAAUUGCUUCCAAAAAAGUUGGCUGUGUUAGUUAGUUACAGCAGUUGCUGUUACAUGUAUGACUAUUUUAUUUAACCAGCUAUUACUAUUCCGAUAUACUUACAUGUGUAUAUGGACGAAUUCAAGUCAUGUUUCUUUUGUUAGAUGUUUCUCAUGUUCCAGUUCAUUACACAAUCGAAGAUAAUUAUUCUUUAGCAUUGAAUUUUUUUUCCUAUACAGGUUAGUUUCAAUUUCUAUACUGGUUGAGACUUAAUAAUAGAGGACAAUGGAUUCAAUUUUUAUACAGCCUGAGGCAUAGUGAUAAGGGCCAAUAGUUUCUUGUUUCAUACUUGUUGAGGCUUAAUAAUAGAGGACCGUAAUAUUGAUUUUUUUUCCGGGUUCAAUGGACGUGUUCCAAUCCUUAUAUUUAAUUUACUUUCUCCUGCUUAUACGUAAUAAUUUUCCUAGUUGCAUUGAGAUAUAAUGGCUCUCCUAACAUAAUGGUGACUACUCUGUUUAUCCUUUUGACCACAAACCAAGGUGAAUAUUUAGCCCCAUCCUGUGCAUGAACUAGGGAUCUUGUGGUUUCCAUGACCAUGAUCAUAGAGUUAUAUAUUGUGGGGCCUGUGGCGCAUGAGUUGUUUCAUAUUGACUAUCUCAUAUAGCUUCAUUUUUUUGCUAAACUGUUUCAAGCUCCAACUGCUAUUGCUGAAAAUGUGACCUAAAAAUGUAUCAUGUUUGUAAUGAUGCCAGAAUAAGCCUUGUCUUCAAUUCUGUUGAACUGAGAGCAAGAUUGAAUUAAAACGAUGCUGCCUACUUGGCUGUCUCUAUUGGAUCAUGUACACUUUUCAAUGUUUGAUGGUUGAUGGAAAUGUGGAGCUAAUGAGGGGAGUUUAGGUUGCAGGAAUUUGUUGCACAUGCAUAUCUGAAGAAGGAAUUAAAGAUUACUGGAUAAAUUCUUGUAACGUUUUACCUGUUGUGCUAGAGUUGUUAAAGAUAAUUAAUUUAAUUAUUUACGUGUGUUGCUGCAUGGUGGGUGAUUGGUUUUAUUUGUUGAGAUGAAAAUAAUUAUUAGUGUCUGCUUGAAUGGUUUUCUUGUGAACUUUAGGAUUUAUUAUUUGUCCUGUAUGGAUUUAUUUGUUACUGUUAUCAUUUUGCCUGUUUGGUUCGUUUAGGAUAUUAUAGGAGAAAAUAUUGCUGGUUUGAAAUGCCGUACCAUUGUUAUGAACGACAUAGCCAGUGCACUAACUUAGCUUCUACUAGUUUCAUACUCUGGCACCAGUCAAUGUAUCUCUUGGAAGGCACACAGUCCCGUGUAGUUUACUGCUCACAAUAUAUAUGUCUAUCCAUUACAAGUAUGACGAGUUGUUUGUUCAGUGGGGUCAUACAGAGUAGAGACAAUUGCAUCUGAGCCUGGUUUUGUUCACUUCAUCAGUUCAGCCUGUUGAUUCGGGCUGUUUGUAAAGGAGCUACUUUUUCUGGAAACUAAAGUUUGGGUAAAAAUACGAUUUCAGUUCGAGUGCAA